UGCAGCGUCAGCGGCCGCCAUUACUGCGCAUCAGGUUUGUCUUCGGUUUAGAAGUAGAACUAGAACGAAUUUGAAUUCUAUAUCUGUAUACUAGUUCAGUACUAUCAAUAUUGAGUCAUGGACCCCCGUACCAGUGCCCAGGACAUGAUGCAAUGUGCCCUAUGUGAGACCGCUGUGGUACAGAUGCACUGUGAUACAUGUCUUGUCAACCUGUGUAAGGCCUGUGUGGGAGAACACUUUUCUGCUGAUCUCUCAAAACCUCAUAAAAUUGUUCACUUUAAGGACAAAAAGUCAACUCUUAUUCACCCCAGAUGCACGUCUCAUGAAGAAGAAACAUGUGAUGUAUAUGAAGAAACAUGUGAGAUGUUCUGUACCCAUUGUGAUGUUCCUAUCUGUACUAUUUGCCUUGCCUCGGAUCAACAUCUCGGACAUAAACUAGCAAGGAUCCUGGAAAUCCGAGACGAGAAAAGGGAUAAUCUCAUCAAAAAACAAACUGAACUGAAAGAAAAGAUUUAUCCAAACUACCAGGACAUUGCCUCUGAUGUACAAAUCAGAAUGAGUCAGUUACAAAAGGAAUAUGGAGAUCUCUCAACAUUCAUAACAAAACAUGGAGAGGAGUGGCACAGAGAAAUUGACAAACUUGUCCAGAAACUUAAAGCUGAAGUUGAUGAGAUGAAAAACACACAGUUACAAACUCUACAGAAACAACUGGAUGAAAUAAACAAGACAAUGUCUGACAUCAAGGAUGAAAUCAAUUCAGUUGAUAGUGUUCUGGAAUCUACAGACAUUUCAAGCCUAUUCAGUGUUCCUUCCACCCUAGAUAGGUAUACAAACCUUCCAAGAAAAAUUACAAUUUCCAUUCCUAAAUUCAUCCCAAAGAAAUUGCAGGCAGACCAACUGUUUAGUUUGGAAACAAUUUUGUUAAAAUCAGAUGAACAUGACGACAGCAUGAAGACAACAGAGAAAUCACCAGAAGCUGGAUCCUCUCCUCCAGUCAAACAGCUGCUUGAUGAACCAGAGACUGUCACCGCCAUAAGCACUGAGUAUGAAAAAGCUGAAUCCUCUCCUCCAGUCAAACAGCUGCUUGAUGAACCAGAGACUGUCACCACCAUACACAUUGGGUAUAGAGAACUUUACCGUGUGGCCUGUCUGAGUGAUGAAGAAAUCUGGACAAGAGGAAAGAGCAACACCAUGAAACUCUACAGCAUCAAUCAGGGAUCAGAACUCAAUUCAAUCACAACCAAGUCAGGGAACAAUCCAACAGACAUAGCAGUGACAAAAAGUGGAGAUCUGGUUUUUACUGAUAGAGAUGAUAGAACUGUGAACAUUGUGAAGAAUGAGAAGAUAGAGGAGGUGAUCAGACUACAGAACUGGAGACCUUGGGGUGUCUGUAGUACCUCCUCUGGUGACCUCCUGGUUAUCAUGGACAGUGAUGAUUACAAACAAACAAAAGUUGUCCGAUACUCUGGCUCCACAGAGAAACAAACCAUUCAGUUUGAUGAUAAAGGUAACCCUCUCUAUUCAUCUGGUGGUUAUGACAGAUAUAUAACAGAGAACAGGAACCUGGAUAUCUGUGUGUCUGACAAUGGAGCUAGAACAGUAGUGGUGGUCAAUCAGGCCGGGAAACUGAGAUUUAGGUACACUGGAUAUACUCCUGCUGCAAAGAACCAACCAUUCAAUCUACGAGGAAUCACCACAGACAGUCAGAGUCACAUCCUUACAGCUGAUGAUAACAAUGACUGUGUCCACAUCAUAGACAAGGAUGGACAGUUCCUCCGUUAUAUAGACUGUGAAGUGUGGAGUGAACCCCAGGGACUGUGUACAGAUACAAAUGACAAUCUGUUUGUUGCUCAACAGUUGAACAGUCAAGUGAUGAAAAUCAAAUAUCUGCAGUGACUGAGUGAACCCAGGGACUGUGUACAGAUACAAUGACAAUCUGUAGCUCA